AUGAUGGAAGCUCUGACAACCACUGACCUGCAAGGCGCAUUGCCUCUUGUCGCUCGCGGCAAGGUCCGCGACCUAUACGAGGUUGACGACAAGACCCUGCUCUUCGUUGCGACUGAUCGUAUCUCCGCCUACGAUGUGAUCAUGGAGAAUGGCAUUCCCAACAAGGGAGUCCUCCUUACCCUCUGCACAAAGACCUGGUUCAAGAUCCUCUCCGAUACCGUCCCCGGGCUGCGCACCCACUUCCUCACUCUCGACCUCCCUUCCCAGAUCCCUGCUUCCCUCAGACCGGUGCUGCAGAACCGGGCUAUGCAGGUGCGCAAGCUGCGCAUUCUCCCCAUCGAGGCUAUCGUCCGUGGAUACAUCACCGGAUCCGCCUGGAAAGAAUACCAGAAGUCCGGCACCGUGCACGGAAUCCCCGUUCCUGCUGGUCUCAAGGAAAGCGAGGCAUUCCCCAAUGGUCCUAUCUACACUCCCAGCACCAAGGCUGAGCAGGGCGAGCACGAUGAGAACAUUCACCCCGACCAAGCUACUGCCAUUCUUGGAGAGCCAUACGCCACCAAGGUUGCUGAGCUGGCCGUACAGCUGUACAAGGCUGCCCACACCUAUGCUCUCGAGCGCGGUGUGAUCAUCGCCGAUACCAAGUUCGAAUUCGGUGUUGACGAGGAGACAGACGAGGUUGUCCUGGCCGAUGAGGUUCUGACUCCCGACUCCUCCCGAUUCUGGCCCAAGGACUCGUAUGCCGUCGGUCAGGGUCAGGCUAGCUUCGAUAAGCAGUACCUGCGUGACUGGUUGGUUUCCGAGGGCCUCAAGGGUAAGGAUGGUGUUCGGAUGACCGAGGCCGUGGUCCAGGAGACCGCUUCCAAGUACAAGGAAGCCUGGGAGAAGAUCACUGGAGGUAACUAG